AGUGUCAUGGCUGCCUCCAUGAGUUACCGUGCCGGUGUAAUGUGGGGAUUGACGAAUACAACAAGGCCGAGGAUUGCCUCACAUUGUUUGACAAUGAGACGUAGUGCGCUGCUCUGGACUCGCUUACAACCAAGCGCCGGUUAUAAGAUAGGGAAUGGCGCUGUGACAGUGGAUGUGGGAACCCGUAAGAUGGAGAUUUCUUCUGGGAAACUUGCUCGGUUUGCUGAUGGAUGUGCUGUAGUAAAGCUAGGUGACACUUCUGUUAUGGUAACCGCUGUAAGCAAAACAAAGCCUGCUCCCGCUCAGUUCCUACCGUUAGUGGUUGAUUAUCGGCAAAAGGCUGCUGCUGCUGGUCGAAUUCCUACAAAUUAUCUAAGAAGAGAAACUGGUCCUACAGAUCAUGAAAUUCUUACUAGCAGAAUUAUAGAUCGCUCUAUCCGACCACUUUUUCCUACUGGAUACUAUUAUGAUACACAGAUCCUGUGUAAUUUACUUGCAGUAGAUGGUGUAAAUGUGCCUGAUGUUCUUGCCAUAAAUGGAGCCUCUGCAGCCCUUGCCUUAUCUGAUAUACCUUGGAAUGGUCCAGUUGGUGCGGUCAGAGUGGGCCUUGUAGAUGGAGAGUUCAUCAUAAAUCCUACUCGAAAAGAAAUGUCUAGCAGUUUAUUAAAUCUGGUAAUUACUGGCGGAACUCAAAGUCAAAUUGUCAUGAUAGAAGCUGCAGCAGAGAAUGUUUUACAGCAAGACUUCUGCCAUGCUAUUAAAUUAGGGGUGAAACAUUCCCAGCAAAUAAUCCAAGGUAUACAACAGCUAGUUAAGGAGCAUGGCAAUACAAAAAGAUCCAUUCAGAAGACGUUUCUUGCCCCAGCAGAGAUUGUAGAAUGUGCAAAACAAUAUUCAUCUGAAAAAAUAUAUGCAGUAUUUACUGAUUUCACACAUGAUAAAAUUUCUCGAGAUGACGCUAUAAACAAGAUCAGACUGGAAACAGAGGAAAUAUUAAAAGAAAGAUUUCCAGAGGCAGAACCAUUUUUGAUUAUGGAGUCUUUUAGUGUCGUGUCAAAAGAAGUUUUCAGAAAUCUUGUUCUGAAUGAAUUCAGAAGGUGUGAUGGGAGAGAUCUAACGUCACUCAGGAACAUUAGCUCUGAAGUUGACCUAUAUAAACCACUUCAUGGAUCUGCUUUAUUCCAGAGGGGUCAAACACAGGUUCUGUGUACUGUAACUUUUGACUCAAUAGAGUCAAGUAUGAAAGCUGAUCACAUUUCAACAGCUUUAAGUGGUGUGAAAGAUAAAAAUUUUAUGCUGCAUUAUGAGUUUCCACCAUAUGCAACAAAUGAAACAGGCAGAACCAUGGGCAUUAACAGACGAGAGCUUGGUCACGGGGCUCUGGCUGAGAAAGCUUUACGACCAGUUAUCCCUAAAGACUACCCUUUCACUAUAAGAGUAACUUCAGAAGUACUGGAAUCCAAUGGCUCUUCAUCUAUGGCAUCUGCGUGUGGUGGAAGUUUGGCAUUGAUGGAUGCAGGUGUUCCUAUUUCUGCUCCUGUUGCUGGUGUUGCAAUUGGAUUAAUUACAAAAUAUGAUCCAGAGAAGAAUGGAGAAAUUCAAGAUUAUCGAUUGCUUACAGAUAUCUUGGGAAUUGAGGAUUACAAUGGUGAUAUGGAUUUUAAGAUGGCAGGUACCAACAAAGGCAUUACUGCUUUACAGGCUGAUAUUAAAAUACCUGGAUUACCAUUAAAAAUUGUAAUGGAAGCUGUUCAGCAGGCAACAGUGGCAAGGAAAGAAAUUCUACAAAUAAUGAAUAAAUCCAUUUCAAAACCUCGGACAAACAAAAAAGAAAACAGUCCGGUUGUAGAAACGGUUCAAGUCCCUUUAUCUAAGAGAGUACGAUUUGUUGGUCCUGGAGGUUAUAAUUUAAAGAAACUACAAGCUGAAACUGGGGUGUCUGUGACGCAGGUAGAUGAAGAGACGUUUUCAGUGUUUGCCCCAACACCUAGUGCAAUGCAUGAAGCAAGAGAGUUUAUUAGUGAAAUCUGCAAAGAUGAUCAAGAGCAUCAGUUGGAGUUUGGGGCCAUUUAUACAGCAACGAUAACUGAAAUAAGAGAUAUUGGUGUGAUGGUGAAGCUGUAUCAAAACAUGACGCCAGUGCUGCUCCAUAACUCUCAGCUUGAUCUUCGAAAGAUAAAGCAUCCAAGUGCUCUUGGUCUUGAAGUUGGUCAGCAAAUUCAG